AUGCGCCCCGCUACGCUCUACAUUCUGCACACGCUCGCCACUCUCUCUUCGCUACAUACUCUUGUAACUGCGGCGCCUAUCACCUCCAAACAGGCUACACAACCACUUCUACUAGUCCUCCGUACGGCGUGUAACUCAAACGAUGGGCAUAUUUUCGAGGAACGCACUCUCCAAAGCUACGCGAACUCUAUUCAAAAGGCAGAACUUUUGUCAGGGCAGUUCAAAAUACUUAGUUAUAACGAAACUUGUGGAUCGCACUGGAGGGAAAGUGUUGCGUCAGCGGUGUUGCAGAAUAUGGUCUCGGGUGGUACAACGGAGUCCGUCGGAUGGCCAGGUAGCCUGGCAUGCACUGCUAUGCGAUUGCCUCUCCCCCAGGGAGACUCUCACAGAUCUCCAGCGCUACGUGCAUGUACUGGACCACAGGCGCAUGCUGCUGCUCUUGCGUUUUUGCUCGCUCGCUUACGUUGGCGUCACAUCCACUUGCCGCCACACCCGUUGCUUACCGCUAACGACACCGAUAUCUGUAACGCGGUCUUGGAUGCGGCGCAAACGGCGCUGUUGGCCGCCGGAUUAGUAGUACGCCGAAACUCGCUCCACCAUGAAGACAAUAAAGAUCCUUUUACUUCUAUCCUCUGCGCCGAUGAAAAAAAUGAUAUUGACACAUCCAACAACGAGCAAAAUAAUAUUGCACUCUUAAUACAAACUCCCUCAUCCCGCUCCACCACCGCGCAAGUUACACGUGACCCGCCGUUACACAAUCGGCUUUUUGAGAUCGUUAAUGUCAAGCCUGACCUCGACCUGAACGAGGAAACUUUUCCGUCGCCAACGAAUUAUGUGAGGUAUACAAACAACAACAAACAUAACAAAUCACAACAACUUGGGAACCCGGCCGCAGGCGAUAAACUGAGUGAAAAUGGUACUAAACAUAGAGAAACAAACAUGACUACAAAUAUAUUUUUAUUUAAUCGCGACCCUAUGCGGUACCUUCACAGUUUUGUAUUAAUGGACGCACAAGUGGAUGUUAAAAACACCUAUGACACGCUUCUAGACUUACUUGAAAUAGGUAACAAUAAUACUGUAGGCAUACAACACAAAUUCCAUUUGUAUGAGAGUAAAAUGGUCGAUGGAACCGCCAGAUGGGUUGCUGUAACAAUGUUCUUGACAAAUUCAAGUCAAGCGGAAGAUCACAGUUGGCAUACAGAUGUGGUGUGGGAGAGUGAUGAGGAUUUUGAUGUUUGGUGUAAUGACCAUGCAGCGUCAACCGAAGAUCGUUAUCUAGAGCAAGGGGUGCUAGGAAGACCAGGAGAAACAGUGUGUGUGGUGGGUGCAGUAAUCGUAGGUCUUGCUGCUAUAGUACUCAGUAUAUAUGCAACAAGGCGUACACUGGCAAAACGUAUGCAAAGGAGACCUCGUGCUGCCGUUCUUUUAUCUCCUGCUGAUUUCGAGUUUCCAGCGGAUGAACAACGACGAGUCGGCGAAGGCAUGGAGAGCAUGCUAAGUUGGCUACAGCAGUUACAUGAACUGCCCAGUGGUCCAAACCAUUCCGAGCGUGACCAGCCCGAUCUCCUCAAACGGCCAACAGCCCCUUCUGCGCCUUCUUCCACCUGCAGUGUAACGCGUCUCCCACCGGAUGGCCAAAUUCGAUACAAAGGAGAUCCGGUUCAAAUGAAUUAUUUCUCUGUGGCCUCGUUGGAACUUAAACGAAAAUCAAUAGACGUGUUAUUGGUUAUGCAAAGUUUGCGACAUGAGAAUAUCAACCCUUUUAUUGGGUGCCUUUGUACGUUUAGGCCUGCGCUUGUCUUUGCUGCGGCUGGAAGAGGAACCCUGGAAGCGGCGCUCGUAGCAGACGAAAUAAAGUUAGACUGGGCAUUUCGUCUUUCAUUGCUGACCGAUUUGGUACGUGGCAUGCGUUACCUACAUGCUUCACCUCUGCGUGUGCAUGGACGACUGUCCUCUCGCACAUGCCUUGUUGACGCGCGAUGGGUGCUUCGUAUUUCUGACUAUGGGCAGCCACAUUUAGCGCGUGCACAAGCAUUGACCACAACACCCUGCGGUCCAGUUGCUGCUAGAGAUCUACUUUGGACUGCGCCAGAACUUUUACGUGAAGGAGAUUCAGCUUACGGUACUCAGCCUGGGGACGUUUUCUCCUUUUCCAUUAUCAUGCAAGAAGUUAUUGUACGAGGAGAGCCUUAUUGUAUGCUGUCUUUAACACCAGAAGAACUUGUGGAAAAGCUAUGCCGGCCUCCUCCGUUGAUCCGACCUUCGGUGUCCAUGGGUGCUGCGCCACCCGAAGCUGUAAGCGUCAUGAGACAGUGUUGGAGUGAACAGCCUGAUCUACGACCUGAUUUCAAUCGGCUGUAUGAUAUCUUUCGCCACUUGCAUCGAGGACGCAAAGUGAACAUAAUGGACUCAAUGUUCGAAAUGUUGGAAAAAUAUAGCAAUAAUUUAGAGGAAUUGAUUAAGGAACGCACAGAGCAAUUAGAUAUUGAGAAAAAGAAAACUGAACAGUUGUUAAACAGAAUGCUUCCUAGGUCCGUAGCAGACCGGUUAGUUUUGGGUCUACGCGUGGAGCCGGAAAUAUUUGAGGAGGUGUCGAUUUAUUUUAGCGACAUAGUUGGAUUUACAGCUCUUGCUGCACGUUCGACGCCGGUACAAGUCGUUGAUCUUCUCAAUGAUCUGUACACAACCUUUGACGCCGCCAUUGAGCAAUAUAGUGUCUAUAAGGUCGAGACUAUCGGCGACGCUUAUAUGGUAGUGGGUGGACUUCCGUUACGCAACACGGAACAUGCGCAAGCGGUGGCUACAAUGGCACUGCAUCUACUGCAUCUAGCAGGCCGUUUUCGUAUUCGACAUGCACCUGGAACUCCCCUCCACCUACGUAUUGGUUUGCACACGGGACCGUGCUGUGCUGGUGUAGUCGGCCUUACUAUGCCUCGCUACUGUCUUUUUGGCGACACUGUGAACACGGCGUCGCGAAUGGAAUCCACUGGUGCAGCCUGGCGUGUGCAUCUAUCAAGUGCUACCGCUGAAAGAUUAGCAGCCGCUGGUGGUUAUAGACUGCGUUCGCGUGGUCUCACUCAAGUGAAGGGCAAAGGCGCAAUGCACACUUACUGGCUGCUCGGCAAAGAGGGUUUUGAUAAGCCGUUGCCGACACCUCCGCCGCUCGAAUCUGAAGAAGUGCUUUUCGAGACAGAGUGCGAAAAUGACAGCGAGUCCUCUGACCAAUCUGUUCGUGCCGCGCCCUCUGGUGCACAUGCAGUAGAACGUCAAAGUUCUGACCCUUGCGCUCCAUCUAGCGGAAAUUACGGGUUGGAACAGUCAAAGUCAUGGUCCCGAUCUGGCACAGCUUCUGCGGAGAGCAGCCCUGCCACGCGACCACCACGUUACGGCGCUCCCCGAUACCGGUACCUUAGCGCCUCACUAGAGGGCGGUGGGGUUGGCCCCACGCGUGGGCUUCGUCGACAAUGGUCUUUGGAACGCGGUGAAGCACUCGCAGCUGCUGCAGCAGAUGUUCCAGCAGCACCUAUUGAAGUCGAGCCGCUAGAACCGCUCGCGCUGCGGGCUCCACCCCCACGUCCCACUCACCCUAGAUAUCGAACUCGCCCCGACUCUUCUCAUCUUUCUAAUCUCUUACUCGCCGAUACUGAACGCAGCUGA